AACAGUUCCAAUUUUUAAUAUUGGUGGACUGAGGGGGGAAGUGUAAGUGGGAAAGGACGAUGGAGAUUAUCCCCGUUCUGACGCGAGGCAGGUGGCCAAUAGCUGAACGGUUGAAUGAAACCAUUGAAUACAUUGUUGGCCUUAGAAAUGCUUGCGAAACAGAAGGGAAGCCCAAGCAGUUCCCUGGUGGACACAAGCCGGUGGUCUCAGUUCUUUGGAAAAUACCAAGUUGGGACGCUGCCGGAGUUACUCAGUCCAAGGCAGCCACAAGUAGCCGGACGGAAUUUUCUCCGUGUUCCCCGACUUUGCGCCGCCGAAGGAGUCAAGUUAAAAGAAAGAUUCAUUGGCGUUACAUUCCUACAAAGGAGAAAAAAAAAGAAGUCUCUCGGUAAACGGAAUGUACGCUCUUUCAAAAACGCUUCUUCCCUAAAGCGGAGGGUCUUAUACUUCUAUAUUUCUUUCUCGUUAAAACAAACUCGGUUUACGUGAAUUCCUCCCACCGCCGCGACUAACGCGCUUCUGGAAAUGACCCCUCCCAGGAGCCGUGGGCGUGACGUCAUCGCGGCGCGACGACAAACCAUAAGCACCAGCUCCGCGGCACAGCUCGCUGACCCCAGCUCCUUCUCCCGGCGGUGCUGCCAUCGCCUCUGAUCCCCUUCUAUCGCAAUGGACAACCUUGGGGAGUCGCCCACGGACAAAGGCGGGGAUCCAGGGGAGUCAGAGGAGACGAGGGCUACGCCUGGGGCCCCGGUGGCCGCGGACACUGAGGGAAUCCCGGAGGAAACCGACAGGGAUGGAGACGCGGACUUGAAAGAAGCGGCGGCGGAGGAAGGCGAGCUCAAGAGUCAGGAUGUCUCAGAUUUAACAGCAGUCGAGAGGGAAGACUCAUCAUUACUUACUCCUGCAGCCAAAAAGCUGAAACUAGACACCAAGGACAAGAAGGAGAGGAAGCAGAAGGUGGAUGAGGACGAGAUUCAGAAGAUGCAAAUCCUGGUCUCUUCUUUUUCUGAGGAGCAGCUGAACCGUUAUGAAAUGUAUCGCCGGUCAGCUUUCCCUAAGGCAGCCAUUAAAAGGCUGAUCCAGUCCAUCACUGGCACCUCCGUGUCUCAGAAUGUUGUGAUUGCCAUGUCUGGCAUUUCUAAAGUUUUUGUCGGGGAGGUGGUAGAAGAAGCUCUGGAUGUGUGUGAGAAAUGGGGAGAAAUGCCACCCCUGCAGCCCAAGCAUAUGAGGGAAGCCGUCCGGAGAUUGAAGUCCAAGGGGCAAAUCCCCAACUCAAAGCACAAGAAAAUUACCUUCUUCUAAAUCUAAAGAGACUGUUCCAGACUUUCCAUAGUUGGGCUUCUGUGCUGGGGCUUUGUUGGUGGUACUCCCGAGACACAUGAUGCUGAUUUUAAUGUUGCUGUCACACCUACAAGGCAUGCAGUGUGACUCAGACUUGCCUUCAACUCAGUCAUGGACUGUCCUCGGGCAUGUUGAAGAAUUUCACUGACUCUUGGCUAGUUUGAAGAAAAAGUCUACAGGGGCCUUUAGUAUCUUCUGGAGAGGGAGAUGGUUUCAGAAGAAAACAAGACGACUCUAACGGCUUCACAUUGAAGCCGAAGUUGCUAAGAUUCGGGUUGUUUCUUGCUCUGGUUUUCAAAACAUAAGCCUGCAAUCAUCUGCCGUGAAGACAGUUACACCGUGACGUGCUUCUCACCAUUAACAUUUCAGGUUCUCCUAUGUAGUUUAUGAUAUGAGGGAUCAUUAAACUUUUCCAACCUGUGUGGGAAAGUUUAUUUUGUUGCAGACAAAACUCAUUGUUCUUCCUAUGUUGAAAUAAAAAUUGGCUUUUUUUGUUUUUC